CUCAAAGCAACACCCUUGAUAGAACUUUUGGUUCAACUGUAGCUUCUAUGCUACCUCUGACGACUCCAAACACUGGUGCCCAUUCAGUUCCCGUGAGAGAUCAAGGCUUACUUGUUGUGAGACAAGUGGAGGAUGAUAAUAGCUGUCUUUUUAAUGCAGUUGCAUAUAUUCUUGAUCCUGACAAGAAGAACAAUAUCAAGGCUCUCCGCCAGGUUGUUUCAGACGCUAUAGAGGCGAAUUCGGAUACAUAUUCCGAAGCUAUUCUAGGGCGUCCACGGAAGGAAUAUUGUGAUUGGAUUCAAAGGGAUAACAGCUGGGGUGGUGCUAUUGAACUGUCGAUCUUUUCUGAGUACUAUAAGAUUGAAAUCGAUAGCAUUGAUGUAUCAACAAAUCGAGUUGAUCGCUUUGGUGAGGGACAUUAUAGCCAAAGAGCACUGGUGAUGUAUAGCGGCAUCCAUUACGAUGCACUUGCUCUCACUCCAGAAUUGGGUGCCCCUACAGAGUGCGACCAGACGCAAUUCGAUGUCAAGCUCGAGGAUAUUAUUACUGCAGGCAUUCAACUUGCCGCAAAGCUGAAGAAGGUACAGAAUUGCAGGGUACGAGCGACAUUAUCAUCAUACACAAAAGCCCUCGCCAUACUCCAUGAAGCAAGUCGAUUAAUUAACAAUUUGUAAUAGGAGCACAAAUAUACUGACUUAGCAACAUUCACGCUCCGGUGUUCGAUUUGUCAUAUGGGAUUAAAGGGUCAGAAAGAUGCCCAGCAACAUGCGCAAGAAACCCUGCAUACAGCAUU